GAAAUCGCUUCUUGCUAACCCACGUUCACUCCAGUACUGCUUCUGAGAUUUUUUCCCUUCACCAAAUCUGUUCAACACAUUGCGCGAACGUGACCAGGGACAACACUCCGCCACCUGCAGUCACGACACCUCUGAUUCUCCGAAGUUGAUGUGUUUGACAAUGCACUCCGACGACACACUGUGAAGCAGCACUUGUCGAUCAUACACACAGCUAUUGACGGUCUACCAUUCCACUUUUACAAUGAGUUCUCAGGAAAUUCGUUUCACUUAGCCAAAUCAGCAAGUCUUAAAUCGUUCACGUUGGUGUUCAUAUCUGUGCUCAUUGGUUUUAGAUGCUACCAUACUGCAGAACCUCUCCGUAAUGAUGUUUUGCUCAUCAACGCCGCUGGUCUUGGGACUGUUGAUGAUAUUGAAGAUGUUUUCGGGAAUUGUGGCCGCCUCCACCCAGCAGGAUUGGUUCGUAGUAGCAGCAAGAAACUCCAAACGAACCGAGAUGCCGACAAAUCCAGUUCGAGUUAAAAGGCAAUCGAUAUCCAACAGGAAUGACGUACGACAGUUCGAAGUCGAGAGCAAGAUAGCCGUACGAUUCGCCAGCACGACCAUCACCAGUCGCAUCAGCAACCGUGCUUCGUCGUACCAACCGCUAAACUUCAUUCUACAGUUGCCACUGAAUGCGUACAUCGCCAACUUCUCACUGGAAGCAAACGGCGUAACAUACUACGGCAGAGUGAGGGAUAAGUGUGACGGAGAAGACGAGAAUACAUUCGAUGCAUCUGGCAGCCUGUCCACCGGACGAAUCACUGCCCUAGAUCCGAACCGAAACACGUUCAUGGUGUCGGUCAGCGUAGCACCUGGAGACACAAUCGGUGUCAUGGUCAAUUAUCAAGAGCUUCUGGAGAGAAUCCAGGGCUGGUACACACAGAGGAUAAGCAUCAACCCACAACAGAUCGUCAGAGACUUUCGCAUCAAAGCUUACGUCACCGAGCCGCAAGGCAUCACGAAAGUUGAAUCUGGCAUCCUGCAGACCACUGGAGGUGGAUCGGGUGGCAGCGGUGGGAUCUUCGGCUCUAGGAGCUCCUACACGUCCCUUGACGACUACAUCCGGAGGAUUGGGCGGUCGCGGGUCACAGUGGAGUUCUUCCCGACCUCACAGGAGCAGCGGGCCGUCGGGGGCGAUUCCGGGAUCAACGGGGAUUUCAUUAUACGAUACGAUAUCCAACACGAUUACGGUGUUGGGCAAGUUCAGACGUCCGAUGGGGUCUUCGUCCAUCACUUCUCACCCGGCGGUCUUGGUCCGAUACGCAAAUCCGUGGCGUUCGUCAUCGACGUCAGUGCCUCCAUGUUCGGCCGCAAACUGAACCAAACCAAGGAGGCCUUGUUGACCAUCUUGGACCAGAUGCGAGCCAACGAUCGCUUCAAUAUCAUCACCUUCUCCGAUGAGGUGUACUACUGGCGAGAUGAUCAGAUGGUAACGGCUUCCUCUUGGAACAUCAACCUAGCAAAAGACCAUGUCCGGUCCUUAACGGAUCUAGCAGGCACCAACUUGAAUGACGCCAUGAUCGAGGGACUCAACCAGCUCCGUUUGGCCGGUGCCAUGGAGCCAAUCUCGGCAGCCAACCCGGGCGUCUGCAUCCUCUUCGUGCUCACGGACGGCGCACCGUCAAAGGGCGUCACAGACACGCGCACCAUCGAGCGGAACGUGCAGGACAGCAACCAGGGUCGGUGCUCGGUGGUGACGCUGGGAUUCGGGGCCGAGGAUGUGGACUUUAACUUCCUGGCACGGCUGGCUCUCGGGAACAACGGGGUGGCGAGGAAGAUCUUCGAGAACUCAGCGGUGUCUCAGCAGCUGAUUGGUGUGUACGACGAAGUUGCUACGCCCCUUCUAGUGAACGUCGCCAUCGAGUAUCUGGGUAACAUCGUCGAUCGCGAGUCACUGACUAAGACCCUCUUCCAGAACUACUUCGACGGGUCUGAGUUUGCCAUCAGCGGUCGAUUGGCCAACCUGCUGGCUGCUACCCUACCCAUCAGAGUCACUGCUAUCAGUGCUACGGGGGAAAUAACCAUCGAGGAGUAUGUGCCUAUCACAAAUAGAGAUCAUUUCUCCGACUCGCCCUACGUGCCACCCGAAGCUGCCGAGCGCACGGCCGCCUUCAUCACCCUGGUCCAGCUCUUCAAUCAGUACACUGUCUCGGACAACCCUCAGGAGCAGCGGCGCAUCGUGGACAGGACCCUACAGCUCUCGGAGCAGUACAACCUUCUGACGCCGCUCAUGUCCAUGGAUUUCGCGAGCACCCCAGCGACCACGGGAGGGGGCGGUAGCCGGGGCGGCACCGCCGCUGUACCGCCGAGCCUUCAGUGGGGGAUCAGCGGGACGGCCUACGGAGAGCCGAGCCAGAGUCGCACGUACGGGAUAGGGGGCAGGAUAUGUACUUACGAACCAGAAAAUGUGAUCGAUCUUGAGCGUCUGCGCAUCCAUUCCGUCAUCACCGACCGGUAUGCUAGGACCACCGUGACUGGCGAGGUAGCCAACCGGGCAGCUAACCGGCAAGACGUGCCCUUCACGCUGCAUAUCCCGCCCGGUGCUUUCAUCUCAGACUUCUCCGUGAAUGUCGAUGGGCGUACCUAUACCGGCCGAGUUGGUGAUAUCCGCAGCACGGAAUGGCAGCGUCUCUUCCCUUCGAAUGGCCAACAGCUAGCAUUGGUCACAAGAAGGGAUCCGACCAAAGAUACAUUUACUGUGCAAGUCCUGGGCGUGGCCCCACAGUCCACCGUGACCUUUGACCUGACUUAUGACGAACUGCUGGAGAGGAGGCGGGGCGUCUUCGGGCAUCGUAUCAAACUGUGGCCGGGCCAGGCGGUAGAUGAUCUCCAAGUUGACCUCUACAUCACGGAACCUCAGGGUAUAAGUGAUAUUUCGCUCAAAUACGACCCACGUACGUCUGAGGGUCAGGAGAAGACACUACAGGUUCGUCGCAGCAGUGACUACCGUGCCCACAUGCGCUAUGCACCGUCGGCCGACGAGCAACUGACAUACUCGCCUAAUGGCCUGAAUGGUGACAUCGUGCUGGAGUACGAUGUGGUUCAUACCAGAGACGGCAGCUACACUGAGGUGCAAGACGACUACUUUGUGCAUUUCUUCUCGCCGAUCAGCUACCAGCAUGCCGCCAAGUACGUCGUCUUCGUCCUUGACAUCAGCAGCUCCAUGGUCGGCACCAAACUCCGUCAGGUCAAGGAAGCCCUGAAGAUCAUCUUGGAGGACCUGGGUGCCAAGGAUCGCUUCAACAUCUUGGUCUUUUCAGAUGAUGUCCAGUACUGGAGGCGCAACGCGCUGGUGCCGGCCACGCGAAGGAACAUCGAAGCGGCCAAGAGAUUCGUGGACGAUCUGAUCGUGCAAGGAGAAACUAAUCUAGGCGAAGCCAUCAUACAAGCCGAUGCGCUGCUGGACCUCCAGUCCGGUAUCCACGCCGACAACGAGAACAUCCUCUCGAUGAUGUACGUCCUAUCGGACGGCCAGCCAACCAUCGGGAUCACCGACCCAGAGGAACUGGUCCGGACCGUCAACGCGGCCAUCAACGGGGAGCACGCGCUGUUCUGCCUGGGCUUCGGUCGCAACCUCUCCUUCGACCUCCUGGUCCAACUGGCUCUCCAGAACAGGGGCUACGCCAGGCGGAUCUACGAGACGGCCGACGCCAGCAAGCAGCUCCAGAGCUUCUACUUCGAGGUGUCCCGGCCUGUCCUCUUCGAUGUGGAGAUGGCGUACGAACCUGGCGUGUCCAAUCCUGAGGAUUUGUCGGUGCACUCCUUUCCGUUUUACUUCGAGGGAUCAGAGCUGUCCGUGGCAGGACAAUUCUUGGAUAAUCCCAGCUCCUACAUCCUGGAGAGCAGCGUGAGCGGGACUACCGCAACCAGGCAGCAGUAUCGCGGAGAUACCCGGCAUGACAUCAGGAUUUCGGCACCUGAACUUGAAAGUGAGAACACGGUACCUGACGUGGUGCAGCGUAUCUGGGCCAUCAAAACCUUCCAAGAUCUCAUCAACCAGUUUGCUGUCACCAAAGAUCCAGCCACACGGCAGGCGCUGGCUGAUAGAAUUGCGUCCCUUGCGAUCAGGUAUAAUUUCGUGACGCCGCUGACUCCGAUGUCGUUGUCUAGCGGGACCCAGCCUACGGGUAACGUACCGCCACCCUCCAUCAUACACACGGGGACUACUAUGGAUAUACUCAGACGGUUACUGGAAGACCUACCGGUGAAACCACUAGUCACCGGAGACCCGUUUACUGUUGCUACAGAGAGCUCGGAUGGUAUAGACACCGAAAGUUUGACCGUCAACUCGCAGAUUGCCUUGAGAUUUGCCACUACCACCAUCGGUUCUACCAUGGAGAACACGGGCAGUAAGGCGGGAUGGGCCGUCUUCAGACAGAAGAUUCCUCUACAGGCGUUCAUCACAGAUUUUACCCUGGUCUUGGACGGCAAGACGUACCAUGGUGUCGCUAAUCAGAAGAGUCGCAACGUCAGCCUACAGAGCGGUAAUCUGGAACUCUCAAAUGGCGGUGGCUUCAUCACCGAACUGGAUCCGGAGAGCAAAGUCUUCCUCGUGUCCGUCAAACUUGAGCCCGGUGACUCGGCAGAGUUCUCGCUAAGUUACCAGAUGCUUCUUCCGAGACGGAGGGGCAUGUUUAAACAUGUAGUCGGCCUUUAUCCUGGACAGGUUGUGAACAACUUGGCGGUGGAUGUCAGCAUUAUCGAGCCCCAAGGGGUGAACAUUGCCAACGCCUACCUGACCGAUCGCUCCCAGGGCGACAGUCUGGCCCGCCUCCCACAGCUGAUGUCCCGCCUAAGUAAGAGCAAGUGGAGGGUCAGGUACCAGCCCACCAGGCAGCAACAGCAGCAGCUCAGCUCGGAGGGCAUCAUGGGAGAUUUCACAGUUGAGUAUGACGUCAUCCAUGCGAAUGAUGCCGGCGACAUACAGGUCCUGAACGACUACUUUGUCCAGUUCUUCUCUCCAAGUGGUUUGUCCGUGCUCCGUAAGCAUGUCGUCUUCGUCAUCGAUAUCAGCAGCUCCAUGCAGGGUACCAAGCUGUCUCAGGUCAAGGCGGCCCUCAAGACCAUCCUGGACGAGAUCUCGCCGGGAGAUAAGUUCAACAUCUUACCCUUCUCCAACCAGGUGGAGUUCCUGGACCGGUAUAAGAUGGUGGACGCAGUGCCGGCGAAUAUCCAGUAUGCCAAGUCGUACGUGGAUAAGCUCCAGGAAGUGGAUGCCACCAACAUCAAUGACGCCAUUCUGGAAGGAGUCAACAUGCUGAGACGAGAGGGCGAGAAAGUCCGCGGGGAGAAAGUCAUCUCCAUGCUGGUGUUAUUGACGGACGGCGAGCCGACCUUCGGAGAGGUCGACAAGCGGGAGAUCGAGCGCAAUGUCCUGGACGCCAUCAAGGGAGACUACUCGCUCUUCUGCCUGGCAUUCGGAGAAGACGCAGACUUUGGGUUCCUGAACCGGUUGGCUCUUAACAACCACGGCGUGGCUCGGCGGAUACCGGAGCGCGCCGACGCCAGCAUCCUGCUUCAAGGAUUCUACGAUGAGGUAGCAACACCUCUGCUGUAUGAUCUCCAGUUCUACUUUUCCGAAGGCGUGGUGCCGAACACGCUGAGCGACCGGUUUUUCGCCAACUACUUCAACGGGUCUGAGAUCGUGAUCGUGGGGAGGUUGGAUGAGAACCGGUUGGCCAAUCACGUGUUGCGAUCGUUCAUGUACGGCAAGACUGCUGACAGGGAAGUGUCGUUGGCAGCGGACAGUAACACAGCUGUGCCGGCUCGCGUCCUACUGGACCCGUCCAUCCCACCCGAUCUGAUCGAGCGCAUCUGGGCCUACGUCAUGAUCCAGACCCUGGAGCGCAAAAGGGACAGCUUCGAGAACCCCAACCCGGUCAUUCAGCGCGACAUCACCGAUACUUCGCUCCGCUACGCCUACCUGAACCCCUACACGCGAAUGACGGUGACCGAGAGCUUAUCGGGUGCGCCGAGCGGGUCGGGCGCGGUGGGGUUGAGCGUCUGGGAGCGCCAGCUGCCCGUCGAUGUCAGAGACGGUCUCAGUAAGGCGCUGACUGUCGUGCCAGAUGUCGUCAUCAUUCCCGGCCCCGAUGGCGGUGAAACCGGCAGUUUUCGGGUCUAUGUAUCUCUGUGCUUUGACAUCAAUGGUGGGGCUGGUGAUGUCAUCAGUUUAGUGAAGGAUCGGGUUAAAGGUGUGUACAUAAACGGCAAAAUCAUCACCAACCUCGUCCAAGAGCACGGUGUUCAAAAACAGGAGACGUACAUCGGCGAGAUCGGGGCCGUAUUCUCCGGCCAGCGGCGAGACGCAUCCCCCGUCAAGAUACGGUUCACUCCGUCCCGGAUCGUCGUCAACGCCAACCACACCAUGCUGUGGGAGGCCCGAAGCACCCUGCGGCUCGGGGAGGUCUCGGUCAAGGUGGACCGACGAGCGGCUAGCGUCACGCUCCGGAAGGGCGUGGAAUUUACCGUCACGCGGUACGAGGCCAAUAGGGAUAAGCCCAGCUUCCUGGGGUUCUAUCUGAAUGGCGGGGCCGAGCUGUCGACCAGCGCACGGGGACUCGUUGGUCAGUUCAGACGAAGUGACUCGCAGAUGUCCAUAACCGACAGCCUACCGGGCGGUGCCAGUUUACAACCUUGCGGUCGGCAGCAGGGGGAGCCAGCCGCGCGAGGGCGCCCUGUCUUCAAUGAAGCCGGAAAGAAGAAAGUCAACUGCUGGGUGGCGGCACACGUCGAAGCCGAGGAGGGGUUCAUCGAGGGCCAGUACGGCCAGUAUCUCAUGUCUGAUGUGUUUGGGGGUUUGUAGGUUCUGAACGGUGAUGCAGACGCUCCUUUAAAAUUCGCCAUUUUUUUUCAAAGCUUGGUUCGUUUUGGCUUCGCUUUGAUCACGUUGCUCUAACCCGUGCGCUAAUUUCAUACAUUAAUGUUGUCAUUGAAACGCAAAGAAUUGUGGGCAUUUUAUCGCCUCAUCACUCCGUGCGCAUGCGUAUUGUCCCGGGUCAUUGUUGGAAACUUGUCAUAGAAAUAUAAGAGCUACCGAUAUAUCAGAGAGUUCCUCCAAAAUAUGUUUUAACAGUUGGAGAAAUCAUGAUAGUGAGACUGUAAUAGUCUAAGUGGAUGUAAUCACGUCAGAUAGGAUAAUGAAAUACUGCAUAUCUGCGGACCUCUGUGUACUUUCAUUUUGUUUUCACAAAUUGACUAUUUCACUGAAUCUUGUUGCAGAUUGUAUAAUAUUAAUAGGCUUAAUGCAGAGGCUGUGUUUUGUUUCUUUUCCUAAACAAAUACAUAAAAAUGUAUUCCGCGAAUUAAUACUUGCUUGUGUUUAAAAAAAAA